UUCCCCAACCCUUUGCCCAGGGGUUUUGCGCAAAAUCCAUACCUCUCGUCCCACUCGCUGCAGCCUGGCUCCCUCUCCCCGACCCAAGCCAUGGGCAGCCAGCCUGCGCCAGAGCUGCUUACAGAAACACCCCACUUCGACCUUCCCCCACCAGCACAACCUCAAGCCGCCGCCCAACACGGUGCUUUCGGACACCAGCUUCCCUUAGACCAGCGUUUUCCUUCCGGCAAACCACCCCAAAUCCCUCGUAACAACCAAGCAACUUCAGAAGACUUCCGCCAUCCGCCAUUGCCUUCCAGAAUGCCUGGCGCAAAUGGUAAUGGGCCGCUGCCGGUCCCCAGCGGUCCGCAUGGUCGCAUGGGAAACGGCCAUGCGCAUGAGAGACACAUGCGUGAAAUGGGUUUUGCGGGACCGCGCAGUCCCCCGAACAACAAGAGCACUGCCCAUGUUCCUUGCAAAUUCUACCGUCAAGGAGCUUGCCAGGCUGGAAAGGCGUGCCCUUUCCUCCACUCUGAUGAGCCCAUCACGGAUAGAGCGCCUUGCAAGUACUUCGCCAAGGGGAAUUGCAAGUUUGGCCACAAGUGCGCUCUCGCUCACGUUCUUCCCAAUGGCGCCAUCGUCAACCGCAAUAGUCUGGGUGGCGGCGGGGGCCCCUUUGGUCGGAUGAACAUACCUCACCAUCCGGAACCAGCACCCAAUAGUUCACUGUUGUCUAUGCAGGCGCAUAUGGCGCCUCAUUAUCCACCUCCGAUGCAUGAUGACUUCCUCGCCCAACAAAAGCCUCCCUUCGAUAUGAUACCGACCAUAGACACAACCUUCACUUCGAACGCCGGAUCCAAUUAUGGUUCGCCUCCUAAUGAGGGUCGCAUACCGAUGUCGCCUGUCCAAAAAGGUCUUACGCUUAUGGAAGUACCGCUGCCGGCAUCGUUCGACAGCCAAGGAAUUUCGCAUGUUGCUCGAUACGGGCCAAUUGCUGCGUCUGUCCCGUCGAAGUUCCUCGCCGGCUCCCCGCCAUCUUCGUUCCAGGGCGAAUCCUACGCAUUGCGCAAUCUCCACAGCUCCGCCUUUGGAGACGAGCAUGGCAACAGGUCCGCGGCCUUGGGAUCUUCGCCACCGGAGGCCGUUGACAAGCCUUCUGGCAGGCGCAUCAUGCACUCCGAACUCCGAGUUGCAAGGAGGGGUAUGCUCUCGGCCAGUGUUGGGGCUCGUCCGCCAAUCGCCGAUGACUGGGAUGAUUCGGAGUUUGGUCUGGAGGAAGACCUCAUCCCAAGCUCCUUGAAUGACUUGCUCACUCCACAAGAGAAGAUGCGCCGUUUCUCAAGGGAUCUGGGGGACAAUGAGGGUACAUCAUUGUCACACCGGGGCUCUCUUUCGAGGCUGGGCGCAUCUCCCUCUUCUCCAUCUCGCUUCCAGGCUCUAUGGGGCAAACCACGUGCGAACAAUGACGCAGCUGAACCAGGCCCCGCUCCUGGAGUCUCUGCGUUUGGCCAUGUUGGAUCACCGCUCCGGAAUUCAAGCUUGCAUCAGGGCGCAAGCCCGUCCCUCCGUCCUCUCGCUCGGCCCACUUCUGGAGAUGCCGGCCCAUUUGUGGCGUCCCCGCCUCGACAAUCCUCGAUGAGCAUGAUCAGCCAGCAACUGCAACGCACGCGAGUCACAUCGCGCGACGACGCCGGCAGCAACCUGACCCCUAGUCCGAUGCAUCCCAGCAUCAGCAGGGUGACAUCCACGUCCAGCGUAGGCAGUUCUGGCGGCAGGCUUGGUAUUGACCGCGCAGUCAGCAGCAGCAGCAUUGGCCGUGACAGAAUCGACGAGGAGCAAGGCUUGUUCAGCAUGGAGGAAGAGGAGCUGGAGAAUGGGAAGGGCAAAGACGGCGCCUCGACCACUUCCAGCACCAGCAACAAGAGACUCAGUGGCCUGUCAUGGGGUAGCGGCGGCAAGGCGAGCCCUAGCCUUGCCCCAAUUGGCGGUCACAGGGUAUCCGCGAACGCGUCCGGCAUCUAACGAGAUGGAGCACUUGGGGAGGGAAUCCUUAGUACUUCCCUUAUCGCUUCUGACUUGCUCUGCGAUGACCUCUAUGAUAUCAAAAAAGCUAUGGCAUCAAAAGCAUAUACAUGGAAACCGUAAUCAACAUGGACUUUGGGGUUUGGUAGCUGGCGCUACACGAACGAACUCCGAUC